AAGCUUUUAUACAUAUAUUCUAUGAACUGUCCUGAUUGUAUUAAAAUUGUAUGCAAAUUAGUGUGUGGGCGCGCACGAGUGUAUGUAUAGGCAGAAAGAUUUUGUAUAUACCUUCAACAAUUUUACUUUUAACAUAGUUGUACUUAAUAAUUGGCAUAGCUUGUUACAUUGCAUUAUAACUAUUGAUGCGUAAUUGAGAAAGGGAAAAAAAUAUACAUAACACAGUCACAUAAGAGUAUUUGCUGUGUACAAUUGAAGGAAAAAUUAUUUUAGAAAGAUGCAAGGAUUCAUAAAAUAAAAAUUUUAAAUAUAGCAGCAUGAUUCAUUUAAUAAGCAUAAGAAAUUGUUUCAUCUACCUUUUGUCAUUUCCUGGUCCUUCCUUUCUCUACAUGGAAAUAAUAUAUAUGUGUACUUAUUUAUUCAUUAAUUUCGCCGAUAACACGUGUGCAAAUUAAAAUCAUAAAACAACUAUAAUUUACAUUCGUCGAUGAUCGUGACAAUUUAUCUUUGACACGCUGCACGGCAAACCGCACCCUUCUCGCUCGCUUUCAUACGACCCUGCAUUUCCCGCCCUUUUCGUAUGACGUCAUUUUUUUCCAAUCCACAUCCUGUAUGCACGUACUCGUUCGCAAAUCAAAUCGCUUAGCAUCGCUUCGUCGCGAUACCGCGUCGAUUUAUCUCGCAUACGGAACGUGCAUUUACGUGCAUAUAUAUAUAUGUAUAUAUAUAUAUAUAUAUAUAUACGCAGUCCAAUUUCCAAAUAAGAAAGCUGCAAGGGCAUGAUUCACCGGGAGUAAGUGGCGUCGGUCCGGGACUUGGGACCCGGAAAUACCAGAAACGGCUAUCACGCGCAGCGUAAACAGACACGCACACACACUCACGCGGGUGACGCGCGCGCCAGUGCGCAGCUGCGACGCGCAACACAGCGCAGCAUUUGAACCGUCGCAGUUCGAUCGGCCAUAUUGGCUCUUACACAACGCCCUCACGCGAACGAACGUGGGUUUAUUCCAGAUUCAUGAAUACAAGCAUCGCUGUAUGAGGUGAGCGCUUCAAUCAUGACGACUAAUGUAGCGACUAUAAAAUUAGAAGAGGGGCAAGAGUCGGUCACGGAGAUACAAACUUAUUUGGAGACCUUCAAUAAAGAGAUAGAAGGUGGACAGGGAGAGCAACUGCAACAUGUGCAGUUGCAACAAGUGGAGGGAUUGUCCGGCGGAGAAGAAGGAGGGACAUACUUUGUAGAUCAGUCUGGGCAGUAUUACUACCAGGCUAAUAGCGAUGAAACACCUGUGAUGACACAAGUGCAAAUACAGGAAGUAGAGGAAACAGAUGUGCAAAAUGAAGGCGAUGUGGCUCAAGAUGAACAGUAUCACGAGAUCGAGGAACUCGAGAACGUCGAGGGGGAAGAGGAGACGCAGACGUCCAACAAUGAAAACAAUCAAGUUGUGAUCAAUUCUGGCGAUGCAUAUCAAACUGUCACGAUUGUACCAUCCGACACAAAUCCUGGGGAAGUCAGUUAUGUCCUGAUAGUUCAGCAACCUGAAACUGAAGAAAAAGAAGUUAGACCGGUAGAGAGUGAAGCGGCGGAUGGGGAGGAAGCAGAGGGCGAACAGGACCUCACUGUAUACGACUUCGAAGACAAUGAAGACAAUGAGGUGCCGGUGGAAUCUGAAGCUGAGGAUGAUAAAGCUAAAGUUAUGAAAUUCCUGCCAAAGAAAUCUCAAACGGUCACACAGGCGCAUAUGUGCAAUUAUUGCAACUACACGAGUCCAAAACGGUACCUUCUCUCGCGGCAUAUGAAGUCACACUCGGAAGAGCGACCGCACAAAUGUAGCGUUUGUGAGAGGGGAUUUAAAACCUUGGCUUCGCUACAGAAUCAUGUCAACACUCAUACUGGGACCAAACCCCAUCAUUGUAAAUACUGUGACAGUGCAUUCACAACCUCUGGUGAACUUGUAAGACAUGUUCGGUACAGACACACCCAUGAAAAACCGCACAAAUGUCACGAGUGCGAUUAUGCGUCGGUCGAGCUGUCGAAACUCAAGAGACAUAUUAGAUGUCAUACAGGAGAGAGACCUUAUCAGUGUCCACACUGUACAUACGCGAGUCCAGAUACGUUUAAAUUGAAACGUCACCUUCGCAUUCAUACCGGGGAGAAACCGUACGAGUGUGAUCUUUGCCCGGCGAGAUUUACUCAGUCCAACAGCUUGAAAGCGCAUAAAUUAAUACAUAAUGUAGGCGAUAAACCAGUAUUUCAAUGUGAAUUAUGUCCAGCCACAUGUGGGAGAAAAACGGAUCUCAGAAUUCACGUGCAAAAGCUGCACACCUCUGACAAACCUCUGAAGUGCAAGCGUUGCGGAAAAACAUUCCCAGAUAGACAUAAAGGAAACCUUAUCCGACAUAUGGCUGUUCACGAUCCCGAAUCAUCCCUACAAGAAAAACAGCAAGCCCUUAAGAUCGGUAGACAGAAAAAGAUUCAGAUCAUCGACGGUCAGCGUGUCGAAGUGAUGACAGGUGAUUCUAAACUUAAAGGUUACGAGGACGAAGAAGAGGAAGAGGAUGAAGAAGAUGCCAUGAUGGCAGUCCAAGGCAGUGACGGCCAACAAUACGUCGUACUAGAAGUGAUCCAGUUAGCUGACAAUCAAGGAACCGACCAGAUGGCCGUGGUCGCGAGCGAAGAUGGUGAAUUGGUAAUGCAAGAUCCUUUGAGUCAAGAAAGCAGCAUAGUAACGGCGACAGGAGAGGAGGUUGAUGAAGUGGAAGAGGAAGAUAUAGAAAUCCAAGACAUGAAGAUAGAAACCGUUACGAGUAAAUCUUCCACACAAAGCGACCCAAAAUUACAAAAGGAAAUGGAAACUUGUUUCGGCUUUGAUGAAGAAGAAGAGGAAGAAGAGGAUGAAGGUGGUAGUAAUAUAAACAUGUUACAGACAAUUUCGUAAUAACAAAUGCAAGAGGAAAAAUGUACCUACUUUAUAGUCUAAUGUUUUACUUUCCUCCCAGUGUAAGUGUAACUAUUAAAAAGAAAAAAAAGAAAAAUUCAUUAAAAGAUCGAGAAAGACAGAGAAACUACAUGCUGUGUACAGAAAAACUGUGAGUGCAGUGUUUAUCUAAAAAUACUUUGCAUAGCUCUCAGUGCAACUGGUUUGGAACACAUUGGGCCAUUUGCAUGAUACGAGAACUUCUUUUGCCACUAGUGCAUUAGGUACACGUAAUAAUUUAUAAAAAUAUUGUAGUUUCGUGGUUUAGCAAAAUAUCAAGCAAAAAAUGUAUAAUUAUGAUAUUGUAAAUUAUGAUUUAUGUUAUUGUCAUAGAGAAUCAUUAAUUCUUUACAAAUGACAUUAACAAAUUAGUUAAGUCAUAUUACAUAUAUUAGAAUGUAGGUAAUAAGGAGAAAUAUAUUUAAUAAGAUGUCUUGGCAUAAUAUUUUUAAAUAAGUUUAUUUAAAAUUACGAAGAGUACAGAAGCUCGUCACGACUUAUUCUAAGACAAAUGGAACUAACAUCAAUUCUGUUAAAAAUAGCUAACAAAGGUGAAACUAAGAGGAAUAAUACGAGGCUGCAAUGUAAAUAAAUGCUUUCCGUCAUAUCUCGAUCUAGAGACCAUUCUAAAGUUUCAGUGUAAAUGAAAAAUAUCGAGAAGGAAGUGAUAAAUUCGUUUAUGUAAGAAGUAUUUUAUAUUGUCUAAUAUAAGCAACUUUUUUUAUGUUAAUAAGAAACUGGGGAGUAUAAUAGAGAGAAUUGUGCGAAUCAUAAGUUGAAAUACGCUGGUUUCAUAGAUAAUGAGUUUAUAUAUAAAUAUAUAUACAUAUAUAUAUAUAUAUAUAUUCUUCUACGUUAUAUAUAUAUAUAUGAAACGUUUUCAUUCGUAGUACAAUUAGGAAGGAAGGAGAUAACAAUUUGUUAGAUAAUAACAUAAUACAGUUAUCUUAUUCUUCGAUAAAAAUAUUUUACUUUCAGUUUGCAGCAUUAAAUAAUUAUGCAAUUAAACCUAAUUAAUAAAUAAAUAAUUAUCUAAUUGAGGUUAUUAUACUUAGGCAACAGCUUGUGCAUAAGAUCUUUAUGCAAAUUUCUAUGUGUAUUAUUUAUAUAAUUCUUUUUAACGUAGAAUAUAUUGAAUGUGAUUUAUAGGAAGAAGAGAGAAAUUCUUGCAAACUUACUGUUAGAUUCACGUAUUUGUUGUAUACUGUACUGUAAUUACCGCGAGUUCUUUCACAUCUUACAUUAAGCAGAAUUGACAAGUCUUUGAUAUAUGAUAGAUAUGACUCUUUAAUCACGACCUCGCACGUAGUGUUUCCAGUUUAAUUCGAAAAGGCAUAGUGGAUCUGUUUGAAUGUUUCGAGUAUUCUGUGAGUCUCCUUACGAUAAGACAUAUGUAUAUGGUAAUGAGAUAUUGAAUGGCAAGACGACGGAAUUUUUUUCAUAUGAGGCAAAUUUCGCGCGCUUAUGCCUUAUAGCUGGAAAUAUUACAAUUCUUCAAUAAAAUUGGUAGUUUUUUAAUAUCUUGUGUUGAUAGAUUAGUAAUGGUAUUCCAGAUUUUACGUUAACCAUAUUUGUCGGUGUCCUGUUUAUAAGAAAACUAUAUUGGAGAAUCUUAUAGUAACAUUUCUGGGAUAUUGUAUUUGCCAAUUAUAUGAAACGGAAAACCUAUCAAGCUACUGUUUGUAUUGACUACCAUAAAGCGAUAUUUCUUGGUAAGAUACCGACAAACGUUGUUAAACAGAGCACGGAAUAUCUUUAUGUGGAUACGAUACAUGUGUGUGUGUGUGUGUGUGUGUGUGUGUGUGUGUGUGU